AUGUCGGAACAUGGAGAGACAGCCGUCAUGGCUCCAGUCUCCCCUCCUCGUCUGGAUAGAAAAGACUCGGAGACUGCGUCCCUUGCGGAUUCGGACAAGGACACGGACAACUUCGAAGAUGCCCGCGAUGCUGCCCCGGAGUCCUCCUCCGUGCGAUCCCUGACGCAACGGCGUACAUCUCACUCCAAAACCCCGGCUGCCGACGACGAGAUAAAAGAGGAAGGGCACGCAGAGCCCGAGGGCGAGCAUAAAAAACCCCCUAGCUCAACUGAAUCCGAGUCUGGGCUCAAUCAUCACGAGCAGAAGCCAAGUUCCGUGCACGAGGCCGAGGUUCAGGACAAGGACGAGUUUGAAGAGGCCGAGACAACAUCGAUAGGGGACAGCGACGAGGUGACUCUGGCGCAGCAGAGGUUGUCCGUCCAGUCUAGCGGACAGCUGGACAACGUCAGCCUCGACGACGAGGACCUCGAUGGGGAGAAAAAAGGUCCGAACACCGGGCAACGCCUCUCCAAAAAGCUAGUUUGGCUGACAGGUCACACUGCAGAAGUAGAGAAGGUCAAUAACGUGGGCUCUAGCGACGCUGAACCUGAGCCUCCCAAGAAAACCAUCUCCCUCGGCAGUAUAACCAAUUCCCUUCCAGCUAUGCCCUGGUCUCCCGGCGCUCAGGGCUCUUCCACCAAGAAUCUCGACACGCCACCCACUGCUGCCCCUGCAGCUGCAGCAGCAGCAGCACCUACGACGCCAGGGGCACCACUGCCGGCCAACAGCACCCCAGCCGCCACAGCAGCUGCCGCACCCCCACCCUCGCGGAAACUCGCUGGUGCUUUUUCCUGGCUGUCCAGGAGCUCGUCCAAGGACCUGACCAACGUGUCGCCGCCGGUCACGGCUAGGAGGAACACCGCCAGCUCGACAACCACACUGACGAGCAACCCAGAGAUGUUGCUCGGCAAGCUGGACGAGGAGGGCGGAGCCAGGAAUGUGCGGCACAGCCUGAAGGACCGCUUCAAGGCAAUGCGCAUGAGGGAGGAGGCGGGCAUCACAAACCUUCCUGAGGACGGUGAUGCGAGCGGCAUCGCGAAUCUGGUCAACAAGGGGCCGAACGGGGCACUCGGUUCACCGACAGAGGAAAAAGAAGCUGGUGCUGUCCAGCCACCGCCCUCACCACGGCCGGCUCACGCUACCCUGGCGCCCGGAACGGCUUCAGGAGCGGCCGCCGGCCCUUCGACGCUGUCAGAUGAACCCGUAGACUGGGACUUAUGGCAGUCUGUCGUGUACGAAGGGCCCGCAGCCGUGGCCAAGACGAGCGCAGAGGAGCUGCGCAAGGCCACGGCAGCAGGGAUUCCGAGCGCAAUUCGUGGUGUGAUAUGGCAGGUCCUAGCCCAGAGCCAGAGCGAAGAGCUGGAGGCUGUCUACCGAGACUUGGUUGCUAGAGGCACAGACAAGGAGAAGGACCGACAGAGCAACGGCUCGCCCGCUGGUAGCAAUGGCAGCACUCCGGCCCCUGGGUCAUCGGCAUCGUCCGUGCAUUCGGAGGGCGUGGGGUCCCAGCCACCCUCUCCUCCUCCAAAAGACACCCCGAAGGACGAGGCUGCCGAGAAGAAGAAAAAGAAGGAAGAUGUGGCAAUGAUACAGAGGCUCGAGAAAACAAUCCGGAGGGACCUUGGACAGCGGACAGCAUAUUCCAAGUUUGCUGCCGCACAGGGCCUGCAGGAGGGUCUCUUCGGCGUCUGCAAGGCGUAUGCCCUCUUUGACGAGGAGGUUGGUUACGCCCAGGGCAUGAAUUUUUUGAUUAUGCCCCUCUUGUUCAAUAUGUCUGAGGAGGAAGCUUUUUGCCUUCUUGUCAAGCUGAUGAACAACUACCACCUCCGUGACCUGUUCAUCCAGGACAUGCCUGGCCUGCACAUGCAUCUGUAUCAGUUUGAGAGAUUGCUGGAGGAUACUGAGCCUGCCUUGUACUGUCACUUGAGGCGACGAGGCAUCUCGCCUCAUCUGUACGCUACCCAGUGGUUCCUGACCUUGUUCUCUUACCGCUUCCCCCUCCAACUUGUCCUCCGUAUCUACGACCUUAUCUUGUCCGAAGGGCUGUCGGCCAUCCUCAAGUUCGGCAUCGUCUUGAUGCAAAAGAACACCGAGACUCUACUAGGCAUGACAGACAUGGCGCAGCUCACCACAUAUCUUCGAGACCGCUUGUUUGACGUGUACAUCGAGUCGGCACCAACCGCAAACAGCAUUCUGGAAAACGGUUUCUUUGGCAGCUCAACAUCCAGCAUGGACAAAGAAGUGUACCGAGCCGACCAGCUCGUCCAUGACGCAUGCGAGGCCAAGCUCACUCCCGACAUCCUUCAGGCAUGGCGGCUCGAAUGGGAAGAGAAGACCCGUGAGGAGAAGGAGCGGCAGCAGGAGCUCGAGACACUGCGGUCGCAGAACACCAGCUACGCGGCCAAAAUCCGCAAGCUGGAGGAGCGGCUGCAGGCUGUUGACCGGGAGCAGGCGGACCUGGCGACGGAGCUGGUACACACAAAGGUGGAGAAUGAAGAGCUGAAAGACCAGAACGAGUCUCUCACGGGCCAGGUGCGGGAGCUCAAGAUCGUCAUCGAGAAGCAGCCCAUCGAGAUUGAGGACCAGUGGAAGCUUGAGCGGGAUGCGCUCAUCGAGCGCAACCAGCGCGUGCACGAGGAGAACGAGAAGGUCGAGAAAGAGAUGGCAGAACUGGAGGAGCAGCUUGUGCAGACGAAGAUGCAGUAUGCAGAGAUAAAUUCUCAACACGAAACCCUUCAGAGGAAGUGGAACGAACUCAAGCGGACGUUUGCAUAG